UGGUCAUAACGUCACUCGGCAAACUUGACGACAUUUUGUUGGAGUGCGUUGUGAUUGAUUCUGAAUCAUUUUUCCCAAGAUAUGGGCUCUACAAAAAGUGAUUCCGUUUCGAAUAGUGCAAAAACAAGUGUAAAACCCUAUGGGAAGAUAGUUUUGACACUUAAGAAUCAACUUCUACCAGAUGAUAAGUUGAAAAAUACACCAUCUCAAAUUGAUGGCCUGGACGUUGAAACUGAAAAUGAUUUACGGAUAUAUGGCUGUGAACUCAUCCAAACCGCUGGAAUUUUACUCAAAUUACCCCAGGUAGCAAUGGCUACUGGGCAAGUUCUUUUACAACGCUUCUAUUACUCGAAGAGCCUGGUUCGUCAUCCUGUUGAACACACAGCGAUGGCAUGUGUCUGUUUAGCUUCAAAGAUCGAGGAAGAUCCUAGAAGGGUCAGAGACAUCAUUAAUGUCUUUACCCAUAUAAGACAAGUUAAUUCGAACAAGCCCAUACAACCCGUUAUUCUGGACCAAAACUACGUACAUUUGAAGAAUUUAGUCAUCAAGGCGGAACGAAGGGUGCUGAAGGAACUUGGAUUUUGCGUGCACAUAAAGCACCCACACAAGUUGAUUGUCAUGUAUCUGCAAGUCCUCGGCAUGGAAAGGAACCAGAAGUUGAUGCAGUACUCGUGGAACUACAUGAACGAUUCCCUCAGAACGGACGUUUUCAUGAGGUACCAACCGGAGAUCGUGGCUUGUGCCUGCAUCUCCCUGACGGCGAGAACCCUCAGGUUACCCUUGCCUAGGAGUCCUGUAUGGUACGGUGUCUUCGGUGCAAACGACGCCCAGAUCAGAGACAUCAGCAUUAGGAUAUUGAAGUUAUACUCGAGGCCCAAGACGAACGUCGAAGCUUUGGAAAAGAAGGUGGAAGAAUUAGCGAAGAAAUACCAAGAUGCCAGGGCCAAAGCCAAAGCCAGUUCGGGUAAUAACACACCCAACAACAACGAAGCCAGUCCGAAAGUUACCCAGAAAAGUGCAGGUGCCCAUAACGCUUGGGGUGGCUUCAUCAGCCGAUCAGGAAGUCAUAUAGUUCCUACUUUAUCAGAGAAAAACUCGAGGUCUCGCUCCCCUAGCGCCUCACCGCCCAGUAAAAGUCAUAAACGUUCCAAAAAACAUGGUAAAUCGAGAAGCCGUUCUCCGAGGAACCACAAGAGGGGGCACAAACGAAGAAGUUACUCAAGAUCAAGGAGUCCUUCCCCCAAAUCUAGGAAAACGAGGGAUAGGAGGAGAUCCAGGUCGCAAACUGUUGAAAAUGAAAGGAACGAUAGAUACAUCGAUAGGUACGAUGAAUAUAAAAAGGAUCGCUAUGAAAAGGACAGAUACAACAGCAAAGAUGAUAAAUACAGCGAUAAAGAUAGAUACGAUGAGAAGAAAGAUAAAUAUGAGAAGAACGACAGGAAGUACGACAAAGAAGAUAGAUAUAAAGAUGAUAAAUAUAAGGAAGAUAAAUAUAGAGAUGAUAAAUAUUCGAGGUCCGAUAAAGACAAACACAGUAAGAAGUCGAAGCACAAAGACGAUGAUAGGCAGAAAGACAGGAGGAGGUGAAAAUAGGGGAUUGUUUUAAUUUUGUAUAUAUUGUUGAUAAAAACAUGUCUGGAUCAAUUUAGACAAGACUUAGGUAGAAAUUUCAACUUAAUAUUUCACUUCAUUGUUUCUAUUUUUCGAUUGUAAGAAAUAAAAUUAUUUUCAAAUA